AUGAGCAACAGAGAAUUGAACCCUUCAAGAAGACACAGGCAAAAUAAGGCUUGCUCGCGUUGCCGUAGAAGAAAAAUACGGUGCGACUUGCAAUAUCCAAUAUGUGGCUCCUGUUCCAAAGCCGGAGUGGAGUGCUUAGGCUACGAUGCGAUCCAGCGCGUUGAUAAGCCUCGAGGCGCCACGGUGCACCUUGAAGAAGAGAUUGCCCGUCUUGAGAAUGAACUGUCGCGUGUCAAGAAACAAACUCGAACACCUUCAGAUAUUGCAAAUGCGACCGCUGAAGGACUUUCUACUGCUGUAGCAAGAAAUAUUGUUCAUCCCAGGGGUUCCUUUAGCAAACACGACACUGACAAGCUGCCACUAAGUUCGCCAUUCUUUCUUUCCAGUUCACCUAUGCCACACCUCAAGUUUCAGAUACCACCGGAAGCCACCUUUAAGUAUACUUGGGAGCAGUCACCUCACGCUAUUAAUGCAUCCUCAGUCCCUAGACAUGUGGUGGAUGCCAUGUUGAAACAUUACUGCGAAAUAUACCGCCCCCAGUACCCGGCGAUCGAAGAAAUAGACUUGUACGAGGCUUGCGACAGAGUCUAUACUAAUUCCCAGCCCUCGGACGCCGAUGUGUUCUACGUCCAUAUAACUUUAGCAAUAAGUACAAAUACACUUACCCAUGAGAAUGAAGCAAGGGCCAUAAAGGCCACGCAUGGAUUUUGGAUGAAAGCAGUCGACCACCUUCCUAGAGUAGGCCUAUCAGAUCCAUGGGAACGGCUACAGGCACUUCAUCUUCUGACACAUUAUGGCUGCCUCAAUCCCACGGAUGUUGAUUGCUUUAGGUGUGCAGAAGCGGCCAGUAGAUUAUCGGUGAAUCUUGGACUGCACCAUGAAUUACCUGCGUCGGCCACGACAAAACUGGAUAACACGACAUUAAACGUUCGAAGGAGAUUGUUCUGGCACUCAUAUAGUAUGGACUCUGCUGUGAAUGUAACUCGUUGCCAGCCAUUUCUAUUCCCAACAUCUGUCAUCACUGCAAAAUUCCCCGAUUUUGAUUCGAAAGCAUUACCAACUCGACACGUGUGGCUUCUUCGUCAAAUAGAAUCCGAAAUCACAGUCUCUUUAUAUUAUCCUUCUUAUCGAAUAGAAGGUCCUCUGUCGAACGCAUUCUUUGAUGAGUGGUUUGAAGGUAUGCAUGAACGCUUAGAUGAAUGGUAUAGCAUGAUUGCUCAAAGUUCCGAUCUUUCCAACACACUUGAGUUUCAUGAGUUACAUUACAGUUUGCAGAUUUUAAGGCUUAACCGUCCUUCUCCACGUUUUCCUACUCCAACAGGGGAAAUGCACCAGAGAGCACUUAAAGCUGCGGCAUCAUUGAUUAGGAAAUUCAGCGUUCUGGACAGAACAGGCAAGCUGUUCUAUCUAUGGCAUGCCGCUCAUAUUAUUAUCGAGUCAGGAAUCUGCCUGUUAGCAUGUAUAAUGACUGGAAUGGAAUCUACACGGCGAGACCAAACGCCUCUCGCAGGAGAAGACCUUUCGACCUUGAAUAAAUACAUAACGGCAAUUCCAUUCUUGGUCGGUAGAGUAUCCCGCCGUUGGCCGAAUAUUGCGGGCCAUACCUCUGCUCUCGAGAAUAUCUGCCUCCAAGUCUUGCAAAAACUCCAACAGUGGUCUGAUGGUGGGACCAUUGAAAAGUCGAGUUUUGAUGAUUUAAAAUACAGACUCAACAACCUAACGUUGUUUCCCUCAUUACCUUUGAACUCUCAGCCCACCUUUGUGGAGAACAAUGACGUGUCACAACCUUCGCCUAUUCUCAAAGACGACUCAACACAAAUACCUCCCACCACCCACAAGGACACUGUUAGACAGCCACCAGAGAACGGUUAUGGUAUAACUUCUACCACAAAUGAAAUCAACCCAGAGUAUCUAGAUCCAGUUACAACAACCUUUCUAUCGGAUCGUCCAUCUCUAUUUGCUUCUGGGGUUGAAGUCUCAACAGCAGAUCCUGAUUUCUUUAACACGGCUUGGAUGGACUCACAAUUAUUUGACCCUAUACAAGGACAUUCCGCAAAAUUUUCAGAUAUGCAUGAUUUAGAUACUGAGACUGACGCACUAUGGGACUUUGCGGGAAUGGACUCGGAGCAAAUCAUUUCUGCUUUGUUGGACACUGAGAAUAACACUUUCUAA